AUGACCCUGGUCAGCCGCAGCGAUUGGACGAGCCUGACAGAUCUACAGUCCCAGCCCACUUUCGAUCCCUGGCUCGAGCAUAGCGUCUCCAGGCGACUGCUUAACGCCCGACCGCUUCGACUCGACGCUGGAGGACACAAUUUCGCGACAUACCUAACAGACCGGAUUGUGACUGAUUCGAAUUCGGGCCUUAUCGAUCGUGCCAUGGACAGACACGUGGACUGGCGUGCAAGUGUAAUGCGCAGGCGUGCUGUGCACUGCCCGACUUCGAACGGCAAGUCACAGAGACACCGGCUCAGACGCCCAAGCAGCCAAUCAGCUUUGCGAUCGCCCUCGCAGGACAGUGUGCCGUUCACCUGA